AUUAUGAAUAGAUAUAUUAACUAUGACAUCCUCAAGCUGUAUAGAUAAAAUUGAAUAUAUUUAUCAAUUGCCAUUUUUUACGCGAUCGGAACUUUGUAAAAUACUCAAUCAAAAUGAUAAGUGGGAAGAACUUGCUGGUAUAUAUAUGAAAUAUGAUGUAUUAACAAUACAAACUUUAAGAAAAGAAAAAAAUCCAACAGAUGAAUUAUUAACAUUAUGGGGACAUCACAAUCAUACUAUAUUGGAAUUAUUUGUUUUACUAUCAAGAAUGCAGCAUUAUCAAUCUAUGUUGCCAUUAAUACCUUUUGUUGAAGAAAAGUUUCACAAGUUACUUUACAAUGGUGAAGGAAAUUUUUAUAGAUUACUUGGAAAACAGUUAAAUAAAAAUAAAAAAGAUUUGAAAAUAGGAAAGCAAAAUUUUAAUCACAUUGCAUCACCAGAACCAAAUGUACCAAAAAUUACUGUAGAAAAAAUUACUAAGGAAGAAUCUUAUAAAAUUUUAAAUAAACCAAUGCAAGCCAUACAUAUUGGAGUUAGUCCAAGUAAUUCUAAUAAUUUACUUGUUGCUUCUUUAGCAGCAGCAAAUCCUUUACCAGUAUCUUUAUCAUGUAUUCCAAUAAAUAAAAAAAAAGAUGAUAAUGUUUUGAAACCAGAAGCAACUAUACCUUGUGUUAUUUAUAAUGAAUUAAAUAUAGCUACUAAUGAAUGGAAUAAAAAUAAUAUAUUAGGAAGAGGUGGUUUUGGAACUGUGUAUAGAGGUACUUGGAAAAAUACAAAUGUAGCUAUUAAAAAAAUAGAAAAAAGAGGAACAGAUUCUGAUGAAAGUUUUGUACUUCAACUUCAACAAUCUCUUAGAGAAAUUAAAAUUUUAAAUUUUUGUCGGCAUGAAAAUAUUUUACCAUUAUAUGCAUAUAGUAUAGAUAAAGUACCUUGUCUUAUUUAUCAACUUAUGAAAAAUGGAUCUUUAGAAGAUAGAUUACGAAUGAGACAGAAAAGUCAACCAUUAUCCUGGAUUCAGCGACAUGAAAUAGCUAAAGGUACUGCUUGUGGAUUACAGUAUUUACAUACAAUUGGAGAAAAACCUUUGAUACAUGGUGAUAUCAAGAGUGCUAAUAUUCUACUUGAUAAAAAUUUUGAACCUAGAAUUGGUGAUUUUGGUUUAGCAAGAGAAGGUCCUGAAAGUGAUUCUAUGAAAGUAAGCAAAAUUCAUGGUACUAGACCAUAUCUUCCAGAAGAAUUUUUACAUGAACGAAAAUUGUCUACAAAAGUAGAUACAUAUAGUUAUGGUAUAGUUUUAUUUGAACUAGCUACUGGUUUACCAGCUUAUGAUGAAUCUAGAUUAGAAAAUAAGUUCUUAAAAGAUUUAAUUGAUACAUUAGAAAAUGAAAAUCUUGUUUUGUUAAUAGAUAAAAAAGCAGGUGAAGAAAAUAAGCAGGUUUUUGAUAAUUUUAUGAUCUUAGGAAAAUGGUGUAGUAAUCAUAUGGCACAAAAUAGGCCUGAAAUGUAUAAUGUAUUCAAGAAAUUAAAUGAUUUAUAAUUUAAUAGGAUUUAUGCUUUAUAUAAAUGUUCUAUUUUAUAUUUUGUAAAUUGUUUUGCAUGCAGAUCAUUUCUUAAGCAAAUACAUUGUAGAUAAUGUAAAGUAUAUAUAUUAAUAUAGUUUAUAUUGUAUAGUCUAAAAAUAUGUUAAAAAUAUAUUGCAAUGUUAAAAAUUAAGAAUAUAUAAUUUUCUUAUACGAUUAUAAUUUUUAUAAUUAUAAUUGUAUUAUGUAUAUCGACAUGUAUCUAGCAAUGUGUAUCGAUGUUAACAUGUAUAUGAGUAAAAAAUUAUUACUAAUUCCUAAGGAAUCUUUGUAAUUUUAUUGAUUUGUAUGCUAUGUAUGCUAUAAUAUUUUAGAGAUAAUUAUAUUAAUAUUUUUGUUCCAUGAAGAAUAUUUGUAUUUUCAUAUAGAAUUUAUAUGUAAUAAAAAUAUUUUUAAAGAAAAAUUGUUAUUUUAAUUAUUUUUAUAACACAAUAGAUGACAUUAUAGGUAAUAAUAUAUUAUCUUAAGUAAUUUUGUAAUAAAAAAUUGAUUAUAAAAAUAUUAAAAUUUAUUAUAAUAGAUAAAAUAAUUUUUGUAUAAGGCAUAAGUAAAGUACAUAAUAAGUAAUGAUUAUUAUUUCUGUUUCAUAUAUUGAAUAAUUCUAAAUGAAAUUUAAAUGUAAUUUUAUAAAAUUUAUAUAAUAUAAUUUAAUUUCUACAAAAAUAUUCAAACAAGAUUGAGUAUAAUCAUAAGUAUUUAUAGUAAUUGAUAAAUUUUCAUUAAUUCCUUAUAUUAAUUAGAAAUUGUAAUUAAUUUAAUUAUAUUUAUAAUUAUAUUAUAAUUACAAUAUUUUUUUAUAAAAGGAAACUCUAUACUGAAACGUAUAUAAGAUGUUUCGAGUAGUAAAGAUAUUUCCGGUGAUGCGAAUCGGAAUAGAAUGAAGUGUUACAGUGAUCAUUGUUUCAAUGAAAAUAUUGAAUAUAGAUAUACAUAAAAAUACAAAAAUUUAAUUAGAAAUACAAUCCGGAUUAAGACCUUCCACAUUAUCGUAUAUACUAGAAUCAGCGUGAAGAAAAUGCGGCAAUGACAUCGCUGCAGAAUAGAAGCUUUGUCAUCAUAAUAUUCAUAAUUCAACUCGUGUAGGAGUUCACAUCAUCGAAUAAAUCAAGACGAUACG